AUGGACAUCCGUCGGCCGACAUGUGCCCUCGCCGUACUCCUGGUUUUCUGCUUGACAGAGCUUGCACAAUGCAUGAACGCGAAGAUAAACUUCAGGGAGAAGGAGAAACAGAUUCUGGACCAGAUCCUCGGCCCUGGGCGGUACGACGCCCGCAUCAGGCCCUCCGGCAUAAACGGAACUGGCGAUGCGCCAACGUUUGUGCGCGUCAACAUGUUUCUACGAUCCAUCAGCAAAAUAGAUGAUUACAAAAUGGAAUACUCUGUACAAUUGACAUUCAGGGAACAAUGGUUAGACGAAAGGCUCAAGUUCAACAACUUAGGAGGGCGCCUCAAGUACCUGACGCUGACCGAAGCCAACAGGGUGUGGAUGCCGGAUCUCUUCUUCUCCAACGAGAAGGAGGGCCACUUCCACAACAUCAUCAUGCCAAACGUGUACAUCCGCAUCUUCCCCAACGGGAACGUCUUGUACAGCAUCCGGAUCUCGCUGACGCUCUCCUGCCCCAUGAACCUGAAGCUGUACCCCCUGGAUAAGCAGACCUGCUCCCUGAGAAUGGCCAGUUACGGCUGGACUACAGACGACCUGGUGUUCCUGUGGAAGGAAGGGGACCCCGUGCAGGUCGUGAAAAACCUCCACCUGCCACGCUUCACGCUGGAGAAGUUCUUGACAGACUACUGCAACAGCAAAACUAACACUGGUGAAUACAGCUGUCUGAAGGUAGACCUGCUGUUCAAGCGCGAGUUCAGCUACUACCUCAUCCAGAUCUACAUCCCAUGCUGCAUGCUCGUCAUCGUGUCCUGGGUGUCCUUCUGGCUGGACCAGGGUGCAGUGCCCGCCAGAGUGUCUUUGGGGGUGACAACGCUGCUGACGAUGGCAACACAGUCGUCCGGCAUAAACGCCUCCCUGCCGCCCGUGUCGUACACGAAGGCGAUCGACGUGUGGACGGGCGUCUGCCUGACGUUCGUGUUCGGGGCGCUGCUAGAGUUCGCGUUGGUGAACUACGCCUCCCGCUCGGACAUGCACCGCGAGAACCUGAAGAAGACGCGCCGCGAGAUGGAGGCGGCCGUCUCGAUGGACGCCGCCUCCGACCUGCUCGACACCGACAGCAACGCCACCUUCGCUAUGAAGCCGCUCAUGCGCGGCGGCGUCGUCGACUCGAAGAUUCGCCAGUGCGAGAUCCACAUCAGCAACAAGCGCAAGAACUGCUGCCGCCUGUGGAUGUCCAAGUUCCCGACCCGCUCCAAGCGGAUAGACGUGAUCUCGCGGAUCACCUUCCCGCUCGUGUUCGCGCUCUUCAACUUGGCCUACUGGUCCACCUACCUGUUCCGCGACGAGGACGAGGAGAAG